AUGUAUUUGCACGGCUACUUCUGGAAUAAAAGAGGGGAAAAGGAUUCAGGGAGUAAAGCAAGCGACCGUGAAGUUUUAGUUUUUCGACUGGCUGAAAUGGAAACACACAAGCAACUGCAAGCAGGAAAAGCAUUUAGGAAAUUUCUUCCCCUCUUUGAUCGUGUUCUGGUUGAGCGAUGUGCGGCUGAGACGGUAACCAAAGGAGGCAUCAUGAUUCCAGAAAAAGCUCAAGGGAAAGUGCUACAAGCGACAGUAGUAGCAGUUGGAUCAGGAGGCAGAGGAAAGGAUUUCUACAAUUGGCCUGAUGAAUCCUUUGAAGAAAUGGAUAGUACAUUAGCUGGUCAGCAGUAUAUUCAGCAAAACAUAAGGGCAGACUGUUCCAACAUUGAUAAGAUCCUUGAACCUCCUGAAGGCCAGGAUGAAGGUGUAUGGAAGUAUGAACAUUUAAGACAAUUCUGCCUGGAGCUCAAUGGACUAGCUGUCAAGCUUCAGAGUGAAUGUCACCCAGACACAUGUACUCAGAUGACAGCAACUGAACAAUGGAUUUUUCUUUGUGCAGCUCAUAAAACUCCCAAAGAGUGUCCUGCUAUAGACUACACCAGACACACACUUGAUGGAGCUGCAUGUCUUUUGAAUAGCAAUAAAUAUUUUCCCAGCAGGGUUAGCAUAAAGGAAUCCUCUGUAGCCAAAUUAGGAUCAGUGUGCCGAAGGAUUUACAGAAUAUUUUCACAUGCUUAUUUUCAUCACCGGCAGAUAUUUGAUGAAUAUGAAAAUGAAACUUUCUUGUGUCACCGGUUCACUAAAUUUGUGAUGAAGUAUAAUCUGAUGUCCAAGGAUAACCUGAUUGUACCAAUUUUGGAAGAAGAAGUGCAGAAUUCAGUGUCAGGGGAGAGUGAGGCAUGAUGGGAAUGGCAGUACAGAAGCCUGUACUGAAUAUAAACAAAACAUUAAUUAUGUACUGUAUAUAUCAUUUUAGACACUUCAAUCACGUAUCCUCAUAGCUUUGUUUAGUAUACUUUUUGUAUGCCGUGUGCAUUGCCUUUUAAUAUGGGAAAUACUUUAAGUUAUUCAUGAGCUGUAUAUUCAUCAAUGUGGCACUCAUGGUUUUUAAAUAAAAGUAGUAGUAUCUGUUUAUGAUGCCUGUUAAUAAAAGAAUUUACAGUUCUCUAAAAUUGCUGCUAAACAAUCAUUGAAUCACAAUCCUGAAGAUGUGUCUGAUUGGGUGGGAAAAAAGUGAGAUUAAGAUUUCACAGCAAGCCAUUUUUGCAGUAGCUAUAUUAAGUCUUAGUUCAAAGAUUAUCACCUUAAAUAUAUAAUUCUGCAGGAAGCUUCUUGCAAUGUAGCGUAUUCCUAAUUUAGCUUUUAUUUUUUCAAGAUGGCUUCAAAGAUUUACUUUUGGAUGUGCAUAUUCCUCUGUGUGUAUAUCCAAAUACUAAUAGGAUCUAUAGUAUUACUAAUACCAAAAGGAUAAUUUCACUAUGCUAUUGAACUAUAUAUUCUUGAUAUACAUCUAACGUACUUUCUGGACUUGUUUUUUUGUUAACAGUGGAGGUUUGCGCACAGCAGGGGACAGGUUCUGUCCUGUUAAGGCAGACUUCUGCUGUUCUCCAGUCCACAACUUCUCUAAAGAAUAACUGUGGCAGAAAAGUCAAUGGCUUAUACCUGUGCAUAUUUACGGCAACUGCUUACAGAUUAUACCUCACAUAAAUAUUCAUGUUACACUACAUAACACACUAGCACAGUCUUUGCUUAUAUUCCUAGUAAAAACAUUCUAAGUACUUGAAAUACUGAACCUGAUUCUUCACAAGAAUUAAUCGUAUUUUCAACAUACUUUAAUUUGUUUUUCUUCAUUCACCUGAAUUACAUUCUUUGACAGAAAAAUUUGGAUUCAUGCUUCUGUUCCCUAUCCAAUGUUUAUUUCAAGUUGUGUUUGCAGAUUUGCAAUAACUGACAAUUUCCAUGAGUGCUGCUUAAUUGUGUUAUGUCUAGAAUGAUAGAACUAAAUGUUUUAGAGAUGAAUAUGGCAGACAUACUGCUAAGCGUAUGUGAAUGCAGGGUCUAAAAGCACUAGCAGUGUUCUUACGUUAAAUGAAUUUUGCUUAGCUGUUUAAGAAGUUUGCUGGUUGUCUCUGUCUGAGGUUGCCAGGGGCCCUCUUUUUAUUUCUUUAAGCAGGUCAGAACGGGCUAACUCGGCUAGUUUCUGUAAUCUACGCUUUGUUUUCUAAGUUGUACUUACUUGGAAAGAAGGGAGUCCACCUAUUUUUAAUGUCUUUUUCAUACUACACUAAACAUGCCUUAAAUUCUAUUUUUCUUUAUAUGAAUCAAGCACACCUCAAGCAACUGUACCACCUGGAUGUAAAGGGAAUUUAAACAAUGAGAAAAUAGAGAGACUAAGCUUAAGUACUUCAACAGCUGUAUUCUUCAGCAGCUCUUUUUGUCUCACGUUUGUCAUUGUAUUUAACUGUCAGCAGGGUAAUUGCAUGAGAUGUUGUCCGAGUGAAAGUAGCUUUAGUUACUGUCUAUACACUUAGCUAUAACUUGCCUUGUAUAGACCAGGUUACGUGAUUUUUGAUAGAUAUCUUGAAGUUUGUACUGCAGGUAGGACGACUGUAUUCUGGAGGUAGUACAAUGUAUUUAGUCUUGUUACAGUCUGCUGUUGGACCAUCCAUGGUGUGGUUCUUCGUACAGUCACGCUGCGUGCUUAUAUUGGCCACGGUGACUGAGACAGGCAAAAACAUGUAACUGGUGUCGCUAAUUACAUUUCCUCUACAAAAUUGAAGAACACGAUGUGGUGCUCAGGACUGCAUUAAAUUUUUAAACCUCUUCUCUUCCUCUUAUGCUUUAAGAGUUUCACUUCAAAAUGAAACUCGGGACGUUUUAAUCCUGUUUAUUCUCAUUCAGAUUUGCACUGUAAAGUUGACUUGCUAUACUAAGCUGAUUUUAUAUAAGGCUUAAGUGAAACACUGCUUGUAUUUUCCUUUGCUAUUGUUUACAUGAGUACUGUGUACACACAUGUGCCUGAAUGGUACCAUAAAACUUCAGUUAGCCUAAGCAAACCGUUGAUUUGUCUAAUAAAUAUUAACAGGUUUAAUUUAGACUCUACAUAAUAGGGAAAUCAAGACUGUCUUUGAAUUAUAUUGUAACAAAAAAAAAAAGGAAGGAUAAAAUUAAACUGUUUCUUUAUCCAUACCGCUAUA